UAAAUAGAUAGUGUAGCGACCUGUCAAAACAUUAUACACGUUGUUGCGAACAAGGCUGGAUCAAUACUAAAAAAAUCUGUAAAGAUGAAACCACGUUCUAGGAUAUAUGUUACAAGACAGAUUCCGCAAGGAGCAUUCGAUGUUUUACUGGAAGACGGCAAUGUUUCCUUUUGGAAUAGCCAUGAGCCGGUUCCUAGAGGCGAACUAUUAAAUAACAUACAAGGCGUGGAUGCACUUUUGUGUAUGCCAACAGACAAAAUAGAUCGGGAUGUUUUGGAUAGGGCAGGUCCAUCUUUAAAAGUGAUUGGAACAUUAUCUGAACUUUGUGAUCACAUAGAUGUAGACGAAUGUAAAAGACGUAAUAUCCAAAUUAUCACCAUGCCGUCCAUAUCUACAGAAAUUGUAGCUGAUUUAACGGUAGCUGCACUUGAGGGACAGUUAAUGUCAAUUGAAGACGUUAAUGCAAAUGAGUCAAUAAAUAAGAAUGACGUAAUACAAAAAAUGUACAAAGGCAAGACACUGGGACUUAUUGGACUUGGGAGCACUGCUGUUGCCAUUGGUAAACGAUUACGUGAAAAGGGCAUCGCAGACAUUAAAUACAGUGAUUUUACAGUCAAAUCAGCACAAGAAAUAGAAAUAGGAGCCAAUUAUGAAGAAUUUGAAAAAGUUUUAGAGGAAUCUGACAUCAUUUGUAUCUGCUGCAGAGGAAACAAUAAAAACAGUGAACUAUUUUACAAGGACGCUUUUAAAAAAAUGAAGAAAUCGGCCAUCUUAAUCGAUGCAGCACGUGGUCAUGUAAUUAACUACUAUGAUUUAUACGAGGCCUUACGUGAACAACAUAUAUCUGCUGCCGCUGUGGACUUGAGAGAGCAGGGAAAGAUCCCUUACAAAGAUCAAUUGUUAGGAUUAAAUAACUGUAUAUUCGUUCCGUAUCAAGAAUCUAAUCGCUGGGACAAGAGAAGCAAAAUUUCUGCAGUUGUAUCAAACAAAAUUGUUGCAAUCUUACAAAUGGGUUGUAUUCCUGAGAAUUGUCCAGUGUCUGGCUAAUGUUCGCUUGUUUCAUUUUGUUGGUUCAAACUUUUUUUCACGCAUCGAACAACAUUGCAUAUGAUUGAAUUAAUUUAAGCAGUGUACAUGUACAUACACAUUUUCCACCAUUCAUUGAGCUAUUAGAUUUGAGAAUGUUGGCCGUUACUUUAUAAAACAUCUCAGAACGCUUGGUAGAAAUUUUGAUGUUCUUGUUGCAAGUUUUAUGUAUAUAAAGAUAGUUUAUUUUUA